GGCUUUUGAACGCGGCUUCUGUCGCCCCCUCUCUCUUCCCAUUCCCACUCUCCCCACUUAACUCUACUUUCUAAUCCUAAGCUUUGGACAAGGGAAUGCGGGGGAGGAAGAAGAAGCGGAAAUCUCGAUCGCCAAUAAGUUCGGACCUGGUUUCCUUUUCUUGAAACUAUUCGUGUAUAUAUUAGCAGGAGACGGGUCAUUGGAAACGAAGAGAUCGAAACGAGAAGAGGAAUGCAGUUUUAUUCCUGGUCGGAGGAGCGGAGAGUGACGAUAUCGAGCUUGGGAUCUUGGGAGGUUAUGAAGUUUAAGGGAUCCAAUCGACGGUUCUCCUGCCGCUCCGUUCUGCCCAGUGUUCUCAUAGCAGGGAUUUUGCUCCCUUUUCUCUUCAUCAGAGUAGCUUUUCUCGCCCUCGAUGCCGCUGCUUCCAUUUGCCACCCCAUCAGUUGCUUGGGUUGGAGGUUUGGGCCAAGGUUUCUCAGAGGAAGCGAUGCAUCGAGGGAAUUUGCGAUGGAGUUGAGAAGAGUCUACGUGCAAGGGGCAGGAGGAGGAGGGUAUAUAGAUCGAAAGGUGGUGGAAGCUGCACCGGAUUCAUUGGAGGACUUGAUAGCAGAAAUGAGCUCUUCCUCGUCCUAUCAUCAACUUGACGUCAAAACAUUUGUGUUAAAGACCAAGGCCAUGCUUAUGAAGAUGGAUCACAAAGUCCAAUUGGCAAGGCGCCAGGCAUUGUUCUAUGGGCACCUGGCUUCCAUUGGGAUUCCAAAGAGCUUGCACUGCCUCAGCCUGAGGCUGACAGAGGAGUAUCUAGUGAAUGCUGUAGCCCGAUCUUCACUUCCACCACCUGAAUAUGCCUCCUGCCUGACCAGUGACUCCUACAUUCACUUUGCCCUUAUAACUGACAAUGUACUUGCAGCUGCUGUUGUUGUCUCCUCCACCGUCAGAAGUUCUGCUGAUCCUGAGAAGAUAGUGUUCCACAUCAUUACUGAUAAGAAGACCUACGCUGCAAUGCAUGCUUGGUUUGCCCUCAACCCUGUCCCUCCUGCAAUCGUGGAGGUCAAAGGCCUUCAUCAGCUCGAUUGGCCUGCCGAUGUGGAUGAUAUGGUCAUGGAGACAGUCGAAGAGAUCCAUCGGAGUUCAUCGGCCUAUCAUUACAUCAGUAGAGCAGAUGAAGAAUUCAGAAGACUUGAUGCAUUGAAACCAAGCACAUUUUCGGUCUUGAAUUAUCUGGGGAUUCAUCUCCCAGAGCUGUUUCCGAAGCUAGAAAGGGUGAUUCUCCUUGAUGAUGAUGUCGUGGUGCAGCGAGACUUAACCCCUUUGUGGGAUUUAAAUCUCAAUGGGAAUGUCGUUGGUGCAGUUAGUGCACAAAAGAGUGAUGAAGGGGGGGACAGCCAUUGCAUCGGGAAGAAACUUAGUGACUACCUAAACUUCUCAAAUCCUAUGAUAUCUUCGUUAUCAUUGGUAUCGAAGAGAGAUCAAUGUGCAUGGUUGAGUGGCAUGACCAUUUAUGAUCUUCAAGCAUGGCGAUGGACCAAUAUAACACCGGCCUAUCAGCAUUGGCUUAAACAUAACCGUGAGUCCGGAUUUGUGCUGUGCCAUAUGGGAUCACUCCCUCCAGCCUUAAUAGCUUUCAAUGGCCAUGUACACCCUAUCGAACCAUCUUGGCAUCUGUCGGGAUUGGGUUCAAGAAUGCCUGAUCCUGAGCUUCUGGAAUCUGCUGCUGUUGUUCAUUUCAGUGGACCACGGAAGCCGUGGCUGGAGAUUGGGUACCCAGCACCACGAGAAAUGUGGAGAGCCCACUUCAACCACUCCAAUGAGUUCAUAAGGCGCUGUAGAGUUGUGGAGUGAAGGUAUAUAACAGGCUAGUGAAGGAAAGAAUCUCUUUCUGAUCUCAACUACUCCUUGGUUUGCUUAUUUGAUAUCAUAGAACAUACAUGGUUGAUAGUUCAAUUUCAUUUUGGUAGGCAAGAGUUAGCAGACUUUAGCAGAGGGAAGAAGGGAGAUCCUUCAGUCUUUGCUCAGGCUAGCUUUGUAUACUGGUUACUUGUAUGAGUGAAAUUUAGCGAAGUCAUAUAUAAGGAUGGAGAAUACCCGAUGGUCCCUUCAUGGAUAUAUAUCUAUAUAUAUAUGUAUAUAUAGGAGAAUACCCAAUGCACCUUUAUAAGAUCUUCAGCUAUUUUGAGGUGGAAAUGCUCAACCGACGGUAAUCCUUUCAUUCAUGUACUCGAAUGAUGAUUCAUAUUAAGAUUCUAUUGUUAUUGAA